AAGAAUUAUACAAGAGAAUUCUUAACUUUUACUAAUAAAUUUCUUAGAGUUCUUAAUUUAAGUUUUUUAGUAAUGGAGGAAAAUUAUUUUUGGGCCCCAAGUUUACUACCUAUAAAAAGCAAAAAUACUGAUAAGCUUUUUUUUCUAUUUCACGUGUGGGAUUAUAACGGGGAAAAGAUGUUGAUGUACUUGACCGAUUGUGAGAACACUUGGAGUCAAGUAGUGGGGUUCGACCAUUUUAAAAAAAGUAUGAACAGUUACAAUUUGGAAAAUGAGUUUUCUCUGGAUCGUUACCUUGAUUGCAUAAAAAGCGCCUUACAUAGUUCAACUAUUAAUCAAAUGAAGAAAAAUCCAUACUGGUGUGAACUUGUGAAUGUUAACGCAACAUCUAUAGUUAUUCACUGUAAAAUGCAGCUAACGGAUAAAAUGGCGCUCAAAUUUUGCGCUCUUCUUUUUGAACAAAAGCUUGAAUCUUCUCAAUCUUUUUUUUUAAAGUUUUUUUUGGAUUGCUUUGAGUAUACCAAAGAUUUAAGGCAAGACGUCAUUACGCUACAGAAAGAGAACAAGACACUUUCACUUCAAAGGGACUUUGCAUUAAGUGAACUUAAGAAGGCAGCCGAACUGAAGAAGAUAUUGGAGGAGUCCCUAUACGCAAAGUUUAUUAUGCUUUUGAACGAAAAGAAAGCAAAAAUUGUUCAACUUAAAGAACAAAUUGAAGAUAUGAAAAAAGUUCUGCGGGAUGAGAAGCAUAGAGAAUACAAACCAUCUGGUGAAGAACUUUCUUCACGAAAUGCUGGAGAGGUGUCCCCACAAAAGGGGCAGGAGAAGGCUGCAGAAAGUAUUGGAUCUGGCCACCCUCUCUUUUACUUUGCAUAGUCGGGACAACAUUGAAGAGGAGAUGCCUUCGACAUAAUAAAUAAUCGGUAUGAGAAGCUUAAUUAGUUUGAUUUGUGCUAAAAAAGGUUAGAUUUUGAUAUUUGGUAAAACUAACAAGUAAAGUUAAAAGCUAGUCUUAA